UCUGGGGCUAGGCCGCUGGCUUAGUCUGGUACAAGAGUAAACAAAGGCGGUGGGUAGGUUUGAUGGGCGAGAUAUACUGGCGGGAGAGAGACGAAGAGGUGAACCGAAACGAAACGACAAAAACCGCCCUUUCUGGAGAUGCGAAGUAGGUGAGGGGUUCUUGAGUCUUUUCCUUGCAGUCGACGUUGAGAUCUGCCUCGUCUCCUCCUCCUCUCGCGCAGGAGGGGGAUGUCUCGGUCAGCAGGCGAGCGAUCCGGGCGGUUUGGUGGUGAGCGCUGUACUUCGCAGUACCUAUGGCAACCCCUGCUGUAUCGUGCGUUAUCCCGGCGUAGUACAAGUCGGUGCUUGUUCGAGCGAACUAGCUUGGAGUGCUGGUACAGUAUAAAGAGGUUGAGUGUGGGAUCACUAUUACAAGCGUCGGAUAUGCGCUCUCCAGGCGGUGGUUAUGUAGUUAUAACAAGUCAACCGGCACCGCCUCGUACGAGGUCAGUCAGACAUUCGCAUUGGGCUCCCUUGCGGACAAGUCAACUGACUUGCACGCUGGAACCCGAAGCCGCCAAACCCGCCAAACCGCAGCACAUCUUCAGUGGAUCGCUUGUUGUCUCUCAGGGGCUCGGCGGAGAGAGCGAGUGGGGGCACCGCCUAGCGCAUUUAUGCUCAAUUGAAGGCUGGUGGCUGGAGCUUACAGCGGUGCCCAGUUGCCAGUUGCCAGCGACAGCUACAGCACAGCAGCUGAUGGAGGUGUGAGGGCGGGCAGGCUAGCGUCAGUAGUACGGGUACAAGGGAUUACGUACCGAUGCCAAGUGCCAUUAGGCUCAUGGUACGUGCUCUCAUCGCCAUG